UUGUUUUUAUUUACGCUAUUUCUCUUCGAACCCUUCGUACCUGGUCAAAUCAACAUCAAGUUAUUCAAUCUAUGUAAUCAUCAACAAUUAACAAGUUGAUAUUCUAGUCAUUUAGACUCCCGCAUAAAGCAUACCAGAUGGCAGAAAAUAAGCAAAAAUCAGCCGAACAAGGCAAAACGACUCCUGGCGAGGGAAUUCGUUCGAUGCGUUCCACAAAUGUUUUUCGUGCCAUCAAUUUCGAGCUAUACGCAAAACCGAACGCAAUAAUCAUGGGAAUCGGGUUAGUGGCUAUUGGAAUAACCUUUGGAUACAUUACGUAUAUGCGAUCCAAAUACGAAGGACUUGGCUAUUAUUCCGCAAUUCAAGAAGACGGCAAGGAGUUGUUUGUAAAACGAAAAUCUAAAUGGGAAUAACAAAUCAUAUGUAAAAUUGUACUAUUGCUGAGUUUUGAACAGGAAACACCAAAAUGUUCAUGGGCUAUAUAAAUUCCGAAAACAAUGUGGUUAUUAAAAGCUCUCCAUUUGCUAAUGUUACAAAAUGCUGGAAUGUAAUGAAAAGAAAAAUUGUUGUGUACUUGUGAUAAUAAGAGAUGUAGAAACCAAA